AUGGGUUUUAUUUAUAUCUACUUAAAAACACUUUUAUCUACAAUUUCUUUUGGACAACUCAUUUUAACUAUUGCACUUGCCUUCGACUUGGGAGGACGAACAUCAGGGCUGGCAUACACAUUAUCACUAGAAUUCCUUUAUUUCUUUAUCUGUUUACUUUCUAUUAUAACAAAACGUUCAAAAAUGAGAAUAUUAGUACAAAUUAUCAUGUUAAGUCAAUUUUUGGUAGUACCUUCAUUAAUGAUUUAUUUUUUGGAUACAAUUUCAGAAAAAUCACCACAUUCUUGGUUUAUUCGUUUUAUAACUAAUACAUGGCUUGCAUUUCUGACACGAUCAACUCCUAUUUUUACAUUAUUGGAAGGAUUUACAUCUUUACUUGUCAUUCAAGCACUUGGACAAUGUAUCAAAUGGCUUGUGAAUAAUUCUUCAGACUCAUGGAUGAUUAUUCUUCUUUCUGCAUCGGGAGGAAUUCUUUCUGCAUCUUUUUAUUUUCUUUAUCAGAUAUAUACGACUCUUGUUGUGAGUAUACAGAAUGCGACGUUGAUAGGUAUUCUUUUAACAUGUGCCGUAUUCAUUUCUACCUAUGGGAUUCAUACUGGACGAGGAAAUGUCGCAGAAGGAUCGCUUUUAUUCGCAUAUUUGGUAUAUUCCAUAUAUAUGAUAUGUAGCAAUCUUCAAUCAACAGGUGAUAUAUUAAGAGAAAGGAAUAUGACAAAAGAAGGGUUUAUUCUUCCAUUUCCUCCUAUUAUUAUGGAAAGUUAUACAACAAUUGUGUCUUCAAUUGCAUUUAAAAUACCAAAAACACUAUGGCGCAUGUUAUUUUUUUUAAGAGCAAUUGCUUCUACUAUCACACCAAGUAUUGUUACAUCACUUGUAUAUCGUCUAAGUGUCCUUUAUGCAGCAACUCGUAUUGUGCCAGCCAUACGAUGUGUUUCUCAGGGCGUGAAGCAUGUUCCUUCUCUAGAUGAUGAAGAGCCUACUUCACGAAUUAUGGGUCUUUUAAUAUCAUUCUCUCCUUGUAUUUUAAUUGCAGUAUAUACUCAUUUGCUUUUACAACAUUUUUCUCUUCAUGGUCAUGAUGCACAAAUAUUUGGUAUUCAAAUGGGAUCCGUACUACUUUGGCGUUGGUUAACAGCCUUUAUGGUUGUUGGGCUUUAUGCCAUAGAAAUAUCUUUAGGGGAUGAAACAGCAGGUGAUAUCUUAAUAUCGAAUUGGAAAACGGAAUAG